UCUUGCUGGGAAAAUCUUCUUGCUCCCCUCUCGGCGUCCAGUCUCGGAGCACCGCUGUCGCUGCCACCCAGGAGCUCCCUCGGACUCCACACAGACCCUUUGGACAGCCCGACCCGCUGCCUGCGCGCCCUUAGGCGUCUUGAAGGCCCCAGAUCCUUACCCGAAAGAAGGAGAGGAUCUGAGAAAAUGGAUGCACUGAGACCUCUCUGAAAACCCUGCGAGGGAGCCCUAGAGGAGCGAGGACACGUUACUUGCAGCUAAAAAUCACAUCCCAGGACAAAAACAACCACCAAAAAAAAAUUUUUUUUUUUCAAUUAAAACAAUAAGCGCCCAAGAACCCAAAACGGGCUGGUGGGGGGAGGGGAAGAGGCGGGAAAGGGAGGGUCGCCUGGAGGUAGCUUCACAACGAGCAGGCGACCCCGCCACCUCUCUGCAGAGCCGGGCCGGCUCUUAGGGCAGCCCGGACUCCGAGUGAGCUUUCGUGCCAAGGACAGAACUGAGGCGUGGAGAUCCGGGAGUGCCAGAAGCAGCCUCUGGGGCACCUUUGCAUGAACACAGGAGGACCCUGCCCCCCUGCAUCAGCCCGAGAAGCAGGGGUUAGCGCGCGGGUCGUGGAGCGAGGCACGAACCCGAGGCGGCGGCGGCUGCAGACAAGGACGCACCGUGCCGGGACCAGCUCGCCGCCCCCCAUGGGGAGCCGGCGGCCGCAGCGCUGCUGAGCCGGACACUGCUGGCCAGGCGCAGGGCCGGGGCCGGGGCCCGGGCUGCAGCGGCCCCCUCUGCGCCUGCCGGGCCGGCCCCGGCGCCCGGGGGCUGGGGGGUGGGGGGUGGGGGAGGCCACCAAGCUCCGAAGCGGGGGCCCGGGCCGAGGGCACCGCGGGGCUGCGCGCGCGCUGGAGCGCUUGGAGGGGCGCGGAGGGCGAGAUGAGUCUGGUGGGGGGCUUCCCCCACCACCCGGUGGUGCACCAUGAGGGUUAUCCGUUCGCCGCCGCCGCCGCCGCCGCUGCCGCCGCAGCCGCCAGUCGCUGCAGCCACGAGGAGAACCCCUACUUCCACGGCUGGCUCAUCGGUCACCCGGAGAUGUCGCCCCCCGACUACAGCAUGGCCCUGUCCUACAGCCCUGAGUACGCCAGCGGCGCCGCGGGCCUGGACCACUCCCAUUACGGGGGGGUGCCUCCGGGUGCCGGGCCCCCGGGCUUGGGGGGGCCGCGGCCGGUGAAGCGCCGGGGCACCGCCAACCGCAAAGAGCGGCGCAGGACUCAGAGCAUCAACAGCGCCUUCGCCGAGCUGCGCGAGUGCAUCCCCAAUGUGCCCGCCGACACCAAACUCUCCAAGAUCAAGACGCUGCGCCUGGCCACCAGCUACAUCGCCUACCUCAUGGACCUGCUGGCCAAGGACGACCAGAAUGGCGAGGCGGAGGCCUUCAAGGCGGAAAUCAAGAAGACUGAUGUGAAAGAAGAGAAGAGGAAGAAGGAGCUGAAUGAAAUCUUGAAAAGCACAGUGAGCAGCAACGACAAGAAAACCAAAGGACGGACGGGCUGGCCACAGCAUGUGUGGGCCCUGGAGCUCAAGCAAUGAAAAGGAGGAGGAGAAGAGAGCACGCAGGAGCCGGGGCUUGGGAGCCAACCGAAGGCCCAGGACCCCCUGAGAAGCUCUCCGGGAUCUUCGCUCUGACUUCUUGCAUUUGGAAUCAUCCGGUUUAUUUAUGUGCAAUUUGCCUCCCCACUCUUUGCUCCCCUUUGAGGCAUCCAUCCGAUUCCCUUCCUCCCCACCUCCAAAAAAAAGUGGAUAUUUGAAGAAAAGCAUUCCAUAUUUUAAUAUGAAGAGGACACCCCCAUGUGGUAAGGGAUCCCAUCGUCUCAUAGAGUCUCUGUGUGAAUGUUCCCUCUUGGCUGUGUAGACGCCUGCAGUUGCCCACUCUCCACCAUCCCAGCCCUUACCAGGUAAAAGACAGCAGACAAUAAUAUGUAUGUGAAGUGUAUCUUUAAUACCUGGCCUUUGGAUAUAAAUAUUCCUGAGAUUAUAAAAUUUUAUUUCAAAGCUGAAAACGGAGCUGUUAAUCCUUCCGUUUGGGGUCGGUAUCUAGUGCUGUCAUUUCAUCUGUGGUUGUUCCCUCUUCAAAAAGUGUUUCCAACGGCUAUUUGUUUUGUGCACUUCCGUCCUCUAAAGCUAAGUGGAAGUUAAUUAAUUUUGAAGGUGUAAACGUUGUAAGUAUUCAAUAAACCACUGUGUGUUUUUUUUUUUUUUACAAAAUCCUACUCUUUUAAUGGUUGAUACCUCAAAAGAGUUUUGAUUUUGAAAACAAAGCUGUUAUACUUGUUUUCAUAAUAUUUAAGAUAUUCAGAAGUAAACUAAAUUAUCACAAUGGC